CCGGCGUUCCUGGUUUGCUAAGUGCCGGCUAACGUAGCAGUGGCUGCGCCCAGCGCCCAGGACGGGAGCCCCAGGCGAGUGCCGGCCGGCAGAACACAGGAGCAUCCCGGCGUCCCGGUCCCGGACGGCGUGGCCCGCGGGUCAUGGCCAAAGGAGAGGGCGCCGAGAGCGGAUCCGCGGCGGGGCUGCUCCCCACCGGCAUCCUCCAAGCCAGCGAACGGCCGGCCCAGGUGAAGGAGCCAAAGAAGAAGCAGCAAUUGUCCAUCUGCAACAAGCUUUGUUACGCGGUUGGAGGGGCCCCCUACCAGCUGACUGGCUGUGCCCUGGGGUUCUUCCUGCAGAUCUACCUGUUGGAUGUGGCUAAGGUGGACCCACUCCCUGCUUCCAUUAUCCUUUUCGUGGGCCGAGCCUGGGAUGCCUUCACUGACCCACUGGUGGGCUUCUGCAUCAGCAAGUCCUCCUGGACCCGUCUGGGCCGCCUCAUGCCCUGGUAAGUAGAGAUGCUCCUUUGAGGUGCAGAAGGCCAGGCUUCUGGUGUUAUCUUCCUCCAGUUCUUCCAUCUCUUGUCACAAGUUGGAGGCUCAGGGCAACGAACGACCCAAAAGCUCAACGGUGUUGAAACCCCAAGCUGAGGCCUCAGCUGACCCAGACGUGGGCAUUGGGACACCCAGCCAGUUUGUUUCUGGGCUGGCCAAGGUGCUGAGUUAGUUGCCCUCCCUCAGCUCAGGCCUCAGGGCUCCCCGAGGUCCACUCACUCACCUUGAGGAAGCUGGAAUCCUCACCUUUCCCACUCAUCACUUCUAUGGUGGCAGAGGUAGGUCUUGAGAACAGUGGAGAGGUUGCCCGGGUUUGAAUGGCAGUGGUGCAGCCUUGAGCAACUUCCUGAACAUCUCCGAACCUUAGG